AUGUCUGAAGCAAGCUCUGCAGAUUCUACUCCUAGCAUCCAUGGCGUUCAUAUUCAUGGAACUGCUUCAUCCAAAGCUACGAACAAAGGUUAUCAAACUGAUACCCUUAACCCCUAUUUCAUGCAUCCGAACGAAAAUCCUGCCUUAAUCCUAGUCACUCCAUUGUUAUCACCCAACAAUUAUCAUUCUUGGUCAAGAUCCAUGACCAUGGCUUUGCGUUCCAAGAACAAGCUUCAUUUUAUCAAUGGUGUUUUGCCCCCGCCAAUGGAUGAAGAUGUCAACUCUCUUGCAUGGGAUAGAUGCAACACAAUGAUCAUGUCUUGGCUUCAUAAUUCAGUUGAAUCUGAAAUUGCACAGAGUAUCUUAUGGAUGGAAACUGCAGAAGAAAUAUGGAAUGAACUCAAAGCACGAUUUUAUCAAGGCGAUGUAUUUCGCAUUUCUGACAUUCAAGAAGAGAUCUACAAUUUGAAGCAAGGUGAUGCUUCCAUCUCCUCUUAUUUUACUAAGCUCAAGAAACUAUGGCAAGAAUUGGACAAUUUUCGUCCAAUUCCGGAGUGUUUGUGUGAUUCCACUUGCCUAGCCAUUACCAAAAUUCGAGCUUACCAUGAUGGUGACCAAGUAAUUCGGUUUCUUAAGGGUUUAAAUGAACAAUACUCAGCUGUUAGAUCUCAGAUUAUGCUCAUGGAGCCUCUUCCAAACUUAUGCAGAGUUUACUCGUUACUUGUUCAGCAAGAAAGACAGGCUGCCAUCUCCAUUGAUGAGUCCAAACUCCUUGCUUGCCCUAAUGCCAAUUCCACUGCUAACAACACACACCAACAUGCAUCUACCAGCACCAGUUCUAGAGGCAGAGCAUGGUUACCCACCUCAUUGGAAACAAGAGAGCUCCAUCAAUAUGGCACAGUCUGGACCUCAUGA